AUGAGCGCAGAACCAGACCACACUCAUGAUAAGAAGAGGGUGCACCUCCAGGACGUCUCUGGCGCCGAGAAGAAAGAGGAGCUCGACACCUCUACAGCUAUCCUCAAGAAGAAGAAGAAGCCCAACUCGUUGAUUGUGACCGAUGCCGUCAACGAUGACAACUCAGUUAUUGCCCUUUCCAACAACACCAUGGAGACGCUUCAGCUCUUCCGUGGUGACACAGUCUUGGUGAAGGGCAAGAAGCGGAAGGAUACCGUUUUGAUUGUGCUUGCUGAUGAUGAUCUGGAUGACGGAAGCGCCCGCAUCAACCGUGUCGUGAGACAUAAUUUGCGUGUCAAGCACGGUGACAUUAUCACCGUGCACCCUUGCCCAGAUAUCAAAUAUGCCAAGCGGAUUGCCGUCCUUCCCAUUGCAGACACCGUAGAGGGUCUGACUGGAUCGCUUUUCGAUGUCUACCUCGCCCCAUACUUCCGUGAAGCCUACAGACCUGUGAAACAGGGAGACCUGUUCACAGUACGCGGAGGUAUGAGGCAGGUGGAGUUCAAGGUUGUCGAGGUCGAUCCCCCAGAGUACGGCAUUGUUGCACAAGAUACCAUCAUCCACUGCGAGGGUGAGCCCAUCCAGCGGGAGGAUGAGGAGGGCAACCUGAACGAGGUCGGUUAUGACGAUAUCGGUGGUUGCAGAAAGCAGAUGGCACAGAUCCGUGAGUUGGUCGAGUUGCCUCUGCGCCAUCCUCAGCUGUUCAAGUCCAUCGGUAUCAAGCCGCCUCGUGGUAUUCUGAUGUACGGUCCUCCUGGUACUGGUAAGACACUGAUGGCUCGUGCCGUUGCGAACGAGACUGGUGCCUUCUUCUUCCUGAUCAACGGUCCCGAAAUCAUGUCCAAGAUGGCCGGUGAGUCUGAAUCGAAUUUGCGCAAGGCGUUCGAGGAGGCCGAGAAGAACUCCCCCGCCAUCAUCUUCAUUGAUGAAAUCGACUCCAUCGCCCCUAAGCGUGAGAAGACCAACGGAGAGGUCGAGCGCCGUGUCGUCUCUCAGCUCCUGACUCUGAUGGACGGCAUGAAGGCUCGUUCCAACGUCGUCGUCAUGGCCGCCACUAACCGCCCCAACUCCAUUGACCCUGCCCUUCGUCGUUUCGGCCGUUUCGACCGUGAAGUGGACAUCGGUAUCCCCGACCCCACCGGCCGUCUCGAGAUCCUGUCCAUUCACACCAAGAACAUGAAGCUCGCUGAGGACGUUGAUCUGGAGACUAUUGCCGCCGAGACUCACGGUUACGUCGGUUCCGAUCUUGCCUCUCUCUGCUCUGAGGCCGCUAUGCAGCAGAUUCGUGAAAAGAUGGAUCUGAUCGACCUUGACGAGGACACCAUCGACGCGGAGGUGCUUGACUCCCUCGGUGUUACAAUGGAGAACUUCCGUUACGCCCUCGGCGUGUCCAACCCCUCUGCUCUUCGCGAGGUUGCCGUCGUCGAGGUUCCCAACGUCCGUUGGGAGGACAUUGGUGGUCUGGAGGAGGUCAAGCGCGAGCUCAUCGAGAGUGUCCAAUACCCUGUGGAUCACCCCGAAAAGUUCCAGAAGUUCGGUCUUUCGCCAUCCCGUGGUGUUCUGUUUUAUGGUCCUCCUGGUACUGGUAAGACCAUGCUUGCCAAGGCUGUCGCGAACGAGUGUGCUGCCAACUUCAUUUCGGUCAAGGGACCUGAGCUUCUGAGCAUGUGGUUCGGUGAGUCUGAGAGCAACAUCCGGGACAUUUUCGACAAGGCUCGUGCUGCUGCUCCUUGCGUCGUUUUCCUUGACGAGUUGGAUUCGAUCGCCAAGUCCCGUGGUGGUUCCGUUGGCGACGCUGGUGGUGCCUCUGACCGUGUGGUCAACCAGCUUCUUACUGAAAUGGACGGCAUGACAUCGAAGAAGAAUGUGUUCGUCAUUGGUGCUACCAACAGACCCGAGCAGCUCGAUGCUGCCCUGGUUCGUCCUGGUCGUCUCGAUACCCUGGUCUACGUGCCUCUGCCCGAUCAGGCUUCUCGUGAGAGCAUUCUCAAGGCCCAGCUCCGCAAGACCCCUGUCGCUCCCGACGUUGAUAUCGCCUUCAUUGCCAGCAAGACCCAUGGAUUCUCUGGUGCUGAUCUUGGAUUUGUCACCCAGCGUGCUGUCAAGCUCGCCAUCAAGCAAUCCAUUGCCGCUGAUAUUGAGCGCCAGAAGCAGCGUGAGGCUGCUGGCGAGGAUGUCAAGAUGGAGGAUGAGGGUGUGGAGGAGGAGGACCCGGUGCCCGAGCUCACUCGUGCUCACUUCGAGGAGGCUAUGAAGUCGGCUCGUCGUUCCGUCAGCGAUGUGGAGAUUCGCCGUUACGAGGCUUUCGCCCAGAGUCUGAAGAACUCUGGUGGCAGCAGUUUCUUCCGCUUCCCCUCUUCAGGUGAGAUUGCAGAGAACGACACGUUCGGUGAAGCCGGCAAUGAUGACAGCCUCUACGACUAA